AUGGAAAGAAAAGGGAGCUCUUCUCCGGAAACUGGAUCCACAAGCCAUGGCUCAUCAGGAGCUGAGUUUGAUGUGUUCUUGAGUUUUCGAGGACCGGAUACUCAUGCAAACUUCACAGAUUCCCUCCAUCAUGCCUUGCUAGAUGAGGGUAUUCGUGUUUUCAUAGACAAGAAGCGAAUCGACGUUGGUGAAGAGAUUGGCCCAGAGAUUUUCCAGGCCAUCAGUGACUUGAAAAUCUGUAUUCCCAUCUUCUCUAGGGGCUACGCCUCUGGUAUAUGGUGCUUGCACGAGCCGGGACACAUGAUGGAGCGGAGGAAAACCAACGAUCUAAAGCCCUGGGCAGAAGUGCUCAAGGAGGUUGCUAGAGUCGAGGGAUGGGACACAAAGAACCAAGGUCAUGAAGAGCUUGCACAGUUGAUUGCUCGAAAUGUGUUAGUUAAGCUGAAGGGGUCCUAUGUUCAUAUAUCUGAUGAUCUAGUUGGAAUAGACAAAUCAGUACAUGAAGUAGUAGAUUUGCUGAAUGUCAAAUCUGAGGACAUAAGGUUCAUUGAAAUUUGUAGAAUCGGUGGAAUAGGCAAGACAACUCUUGCCAAGGUUGUUUAUCACAAACUAUCUACUAAUAUUGAUAGUUGCGGUUUCAUUUCAAAUAUCCGAGAAGCAUCAAAAGGUUCUUGUUUGUCAAAUUUGAAGAGGCACCUAGUCUUUGAUAUCCUUGGCAACAUAGGAGUUGAACUUUCAAGCAUUGAUCAUGGCAUAAAUAUGAUGAAAGAUAGAUUCAACGGAAAGAAAGUUCUUAUUUUCCUUGAUGAUGUAGAUCAUAGGAGCCAAUUCAUGGCAUUAGCAGCAAAGGCGGAAUGGUUUGGUUUGGGAAGUAGAAUAGUGGUUACAACAAGAGAUAGAAGUGUUUUAAGUGGAUUCCAAGAUCAAUUUGAACAUUGUUUGAUUUAUGAAGCUAAGGAACUCAACAAUCUUGAAGCUCUUCAACUUUUUAGCAAGCAUGCCUUUAGAAGCAACUCUCCUCCAAAUGCAUUGUUCAGUCUAUCUGAGGAAGUUACUGUAAGGAUGUGA